AGAAGAAGAAAGGAAAAAGAAGAGAAGCCCAACGCGGAAGUUCCUCGCACAUUGAGGACGGCUCUCAGCAUCCAGACCCUCUCCGUUAGAAACCCUACCUUCCUCUAUAUUCACAUUUACUAACGUUCAUCUACAGGCCGUGGUCAGCAUGUGCCACCGCGGUUAGCUGCGGAGUGAUGGAGGCGGCGCGGUGCGGCUCUUUCUGUCUGCGGAGGCUCUUCUGAUGCACUAUGAUCCCUGUGCCUCUGCUGGUGUGUGUGAUGGCAGGCUGGUGUGCUGUCUAUCUCACCGACACACUGCUGAGGUCGUCAGUGACGCACCGGAUCAGAUACGAGUCAUGGUUGGCGAGUCGAGGGCUGAUGUUGUCUCCUUUCCAUGUGAGAUGGCAAACCACCAUGUUCAACCGGCUGUUUGCGUACUGCGCCCGCAUCAACCCCCGAGCCCUCUACCUGUGGUUCAGCAGCGGUCUGGUGUUUGGUAUAAUUUCCAUGGUGGGGUCGGUGGUGCUGCUGACGAAGACGCUGCAGCAGACGCUCGCUCAGAUGACCACAGACAACCCUCGGAUAGGAAGUCAGCAGGCCCUGCAGGUGGUGGUCCCUGGUGUCAAUCUGCCCACCAGUCAACUGGCCUACUUCUUCACUGCCCUGCUGCUCAGCGGAGUCAUACAUGAGCUGGGCCACGCCGUGGCAGCAUUGAGGGAGCAAGUACGAGUAAACGGCUUCGGCAUGUUUGUGUUUGUGGUGUACCCCGGUGCGUUUGUGGACCUCUUCACCACACACCUCAACCUCAUAUCCCCCACUCAGCAGCUCCGCAUCUUCUGUGCCGGAGUGUGGCACAACUUUGUUCUGUGUGUGGCAGCAUUAGCCUUCCUCUUCCUGUUGCCCCUCUUUCUCCUCCCUGCGUACUCCACCGGCGGCGGGGCGUUGGUCACCGAGGUUGUCCAGGGCUCUGCUGCUGACGGUCCCCGGGGUCUCUCUGUUGGGGACAUAGUGACGGGCCUGGAGGACUGUCCGGUCCGGGGAGUGGAGGACUGGAGCAGCUGCCUGUCUCACCUCUCUUACACCCCACAGACUGGAUACUGUGUCCCUGUCGCCAGCCUGCAGCCCAGCUGGGCCCACGGUCGAGCUUUCAAGCGUUUGGAUGGAACGAUGGACUGCUGCAGCAACAACAGCCUGACAGACCUCUGUUUCUCUUACAUGAAACCACAGGGCAAAAACAGCAGAGAGAGAGAGUACGCCUGUAUGCCGGUGCGUAAGAUGGUGACGGGGACGUGGGUGUGUCGUACCGACGACGACUGCACCGCACACUCCCACACUGCCAGCGUUUGCGUUACGCCCUCUCUGGAGAACCAGACCCGCUUCAUCCGUGUCACACACCCGCCCAACACACACAUGCUGUUCGUGGGGUAUCCGCCGCACCUUCAGUACUCUGUGAGUCUGACCAACUUUGUGCCCCGCUUUGGUUUCCUCCACCUGGAUCUGCCCGUCUUCUUAGAGACCUUCUGCAAAUAUGUGGUGUCCCUCUCUGGCGCGUUAGCAGUCGUAAACUCAGUGCCGUGCUUCGCUCUCGACGGUCAGUGGAUGCUAAACGCCCUGCUGGAGGCCACGCUGGUUACUGUGGUAACAGACCGUCAAAAGCGCGAGCUGAUUGGUUUCUUCCUGCUGCUGGCAGGCAGCGCCCUGCUGGCGGCCAACGUGGCUCUGGGCCUGUGGAUGGUCACGGCGCGGUAGCCACAGCGGUUAGCUGCCCUGGCAAGACAAAAACUAAAUGAAUAAACCCCCAUGUGGACUGAGAGUUGUUCUCUCAGGAUGUGUUUGACACAUGUGGACCAUUAAACUGUGAACAUACAGGGGGACUGCAUUACCCAGCAGUACAGCCCAAUUUGUGGAGACUGUUGAGCAGAAUAUUACUCUGCCUUUAACGCUUUACUGGACCACCAGGGAAAACUUUAAACAACUGACUUCCACCUUGUUGCCGCCAUAUACACAAAAGCACAUAUUCAAAUAAAUAAUGCACUUGCUGUAAAGCACUGUCCUAUGCGACCGUUUACAAAGACUGCACAAUCUUUCCAAAUCUUGAUAUCUGUACUGUGUUUGUGUAUGUGUAAGUUGGACAGAAAACGGUUAUGAUUUUUCAAGGGAUUGAUUCCAAAAUGCCAUAUUUCCUCUGUUGGAACCACAGGGAGGUUUUGUCUGCCUCGGCUUUCAGUGUGUUGCAGAGAGAACAAAACGAAUCCAAGCCAUCUUUGGAUAAAAAAAAGUUUAAAAAGCCUUCAUUUUAUCAGCAAACGCAUGGCAACACCUACAUCUUUAACUCCAUAUCACUGUUGGAAAAACUUUGCUACCUAUUAUUCAAAUUAAAAGAACUGCGUCCUUAUGAGCAAAUACACAAGGUUGUUAAUUAAAUAGAUUGUCAUUGCAACCUUUUUAAAGGUGGGUAUCCUACAACUUCAAGUGUCUUCUCCUCGGGCAUUGUAGUGGGAAAACUUUUUUCCCACCUUUUUCUCAAAGUGUAAGUUUCAUUUUUAUUCUCUCGGCCUGUCACUGUCUGUGAUCUGAUUUGUCAAAACUGUGGAAUAAAGGACUAAUUUUAUUUAAGAGCUUUCUUUAAAGCCGUUCUUAAUUAAUAAAAUAAUUUUGUUCUGUUUAA